CCCCUGUGCCUGCGGUGGCGUAACACGUCAUUGUGAUGUCAUUCCUUACCCUGUGACGUAACCCAGAGGCGUGACUGUUGAGGACCGCUGGGCUGCGGGGCCUCAGGCCUCCUUGGGCCCGUUACACUCGCGGAAUGGCCGCACCCGGUCGGGGAAAGCCCUCUUCGCCCCGGGUGGAGACCGCCCGCUACCAGGAGACAUCGACGGUCCGCGUGGAGAGCUCGUCCCACCGCGUGGAGACCUCCUCGCGGCAGGUGCGGACGUCUUCCCGGCAGGUGGAGACCUCCCUGCGCCACAGCGAGCGGCCCUCCCCCUCCUCCGCCUCCCCUGGGAAGUGGCUCCCGCGCCUCCUCGAGGUGUCCUCCCAGCACGUGGAGACCUCCUCGCAGCGCACGGAAACGUCCUCCCGCCACGUCAGGGCCUCGUCCCUGCGGUUGGAGACGUCUCUGCACCGCGUGGAGAGCCCGCCCCGGCGGGACAGGCCGGCUGCCCGCCAGAAUGUAAAAAUGGCCCCAUGAAACACUUCCCAGAGGCCACGAAAGGGCCGUGGCCCGUAGCCAGGACAGAAUUGCCUCCAGUGUGCAGCCAGCCGGCUGCCAAGUGGACCAGUCAUCUUUGGUGUCAUAGAAACAGCCCAUGAAUCAGUGUCAGAAAGAGCCAAGCUGCGGUUUCGGGACUCAGCUAGCACUUAUUGACCAUGCUGCACCUUGGACCGCACUGCCUUUCACCCAGUGAACUAUUUUAACUUGAAGCCAGCACAAAAAGUUUUCAGGCCCAUGAUACUGUAUUAAAGUGGGUUGAUGGACAAAGAGGCUGUUUCAACCUCUGAGCCAGAUCACAUGAGCCAUGGGAAGAACCAAGAGCCCAGCCAGCGAGUUGAUCUUCAUGGUACAAAUGGAAAAACUGAAGUCCAUAGAAGCCAAAAGUAAUUUGACCAGGAGAGAGGUUCUUGCAACCAUUAUUCACUGCCUCCCAGGAUGGUUUCUUUGAUGACCAAAUAAAGACAACACAUUUCUUCCCGUUGACUGAGAAACUAGACCUUGGAUAAGUGAAUUCACCUCUCUGGGCCUCACUGCCCCACUGUGAAAUGAGAUGUUUGGAGUAAUCUCUAGGUCUGUGAUUCCCAAAGUGAAGAAUGCAGACAGUGCUGAUGUGCAAGAUGAUUUUAUGAGAAGAAAAGGAAUGCCUUCAAGGAUCACCAGAUAACCAGCACCCAGCUACCAGUGAUGCCCAGAAGUCAGUUUGCCCCGGGGGCUUAUCGGAAGUGAAAGAAACACGGAAUACCCCUUUGUUUCUCUGAAACUCCUCCUGCCAAGCCCCUUAGCUCUACAAAACCCCCUGCUCUCUUCUCUUAUUAAGGCAGAUUUGAGAGAACCUAUCCUGCGUCUUCUCGUUUUGACCAAUUCAAAUAAACCUUUCUCCAUCUCCAAGCACCAGUGUCUCAGUGAUUGGCUUGCUGUGCAUUGGGCACACGAACUUGAGAUUCAGAGGUUAGGUAUUACGUUCAGGAGAAGUCCUAGAGGCCAUCAGACGAGCAGGGGAUGUUCAAUCCCCGGACAGGAAGACAAGGUGAACACCGCUUCCUCCUAUUAUCUGAAGGAAGAGGAAGCCUCAAGAGCAGAACUAGAAUCAAAGAUGAAAAGCUACAAGGAGAUGCAUUUGGGCUCAAAAGAAGAAAGAAUUUUUAAAAUGUAAUUACUAUAAGAUCUAUGGACAAACAUAGAUAGCCCAGCCCCAUUGAAAUCCCAACUCUAUGCCAUGUCUGUGUCAGAUCCCCAAGGACAACUUUCCACCAGUUGAGCCAGUCCCGGGAUGGACUAGGCUGCCUCCUGCCGCACAGUGCUAAGCACUGUCUCCUGGAGCAAGGACGGAGGGCUGGACAACCACCUGGGAGGAGAUGCCUGUUGGACGGGAGGGCCUGGAAGGUCCCAGAAAGCCUGAGGUUUGAGGGUGGUGAGAAGAAG